AUGGUGCGCAUAAAGCCCAUACUCCGGCCGCAACAGCUGCGCGCCGCCCUAUCACACUUCCCGCCCAGCCAACAUGUCAUCCCCUCGAUAAGCGCCAGCACCAUCAACACGAGCAACACAGUCUCUUCCCUACGAGCCUCAUACGCCACCGCGUCCACAGCAACAGCGCCAUCAACAUCCACCAACCCGCCCUUCAUCCCGGCACCCACGCCCUUCAUCCCCGACGUCCCGACCUUCCUGACGGUAAUCGGCCGCGGGCUCAGCGCGCACGCGUCCAAGUUCCCGGACUGGGAGUCGCUGUUCAGCCUCACGUCGGACCAGAUGCGCGAGCUAGGCAUCGAGCCCCCCCGCGCGCGCAAGUACCUGCUGCGGUGGCGCCAGCGCUUCCGCGCCGGCCAGUACGGCGUCGGCGGCGACCUGCAGCACGUGUCCGCCGACGGCACCGCCGACCUGCGGAUCCUGGAGGCCGAGCCCGCAACAGGAGGUGAAAGCGCGGCUGCUGCUGCUGUGAGGCCGCGCAAGCUCGUCGUCAACGUGCCUACCGACCGACCUGUCAAGGAGUGCGGCCUCGAUGAGAUGUCUCGCGUUCGUGGGUUCCAGGUGCGCGGUGCGAAGACUAUCGUCGGUCCGUACGCGCUGCCGCUGAAGAACGGCGAGGGCGCUCGCAUUACGAUCACCGAGGGCAUGUGGGAGGAUAAGCGCGGCCACAAGAUCGAUGGUGGUGAGAGAAGACGGACUGAGGUGCGCUACAAGAAGCGCAUUGCUGAGCGUAGGGAGAUGAGGGAACGUGGCGAGUUGUGA